ACGGCAUAGUGACAGAGGAGGCGAUGUUGUUUCGCGGGGCACUGCGACCGCUCUCCCUCCAGCGCAGCGGCUUGCGCCCGGGCCGUCGGGGAGCUGUGCAAAGGGCGGUCACCAGCCGGGACGCCGCCGCUGCCCCUGGCCUCCCGCGCCCUCCGGAAGAGAUCCCUGGCCCGAGACGCUGGCCCUUGGUCGGCUCCCUCCCGGCGCUCACGGCACGCAAAGACUGGGAUCCUACGAGAAUCCACUUGGUGUGGGAACAGCUGGCGAAGGAGUACGGACCCAUCUUCCGCCUGGAUGUCCCCGGCCAGCAUCGCCGCGUCUUCAUCUCGGAUUCGAAGGACAUCGAGCACCUGAUGAAGGAGGCGUCCUAUAUGCCCUCCAAGCCUUUGUUCGACGUCAUCGCUACCGUCAGGAACCACAGCAAGAAUAUAGGCAGGGGUCAGACCGGCCUCCUGUCCGAACAGGGUGAGGAAUGGUGGCGUUUACGGAGACUCACGCAGCCGCCAGCCAUGAAGGUGAAGACAGUCGCGCAUUACCUACCUGACAUCGACCUCGUGGCCAAGGAGUUCCUCGACGGACUGCCCGAGGUCCUGGACGAGAACAACGAGAUACCACACGAUUUCCUGCAAGAACUUUUCAAGUGGGCCCUCGAGACCUUAGGUCUGACCGCAUUCAGCAGACGCAUCGGCUGCCUCGGUAACAGUCCUGAGGGAAUGGAGAUUAUAAGGAUCAUCCACUCUCUCCUAAAAGGCAUGCACGCUUGUCAGGUCGAACCCGGGGCCUUGUGGAGGUGGAUCCCAACGCCUGCCUACAAUAAGUUCAAGAGCGUUCACAGUGAGCUGGAGGAGUACACUUUGGCUGCCAUCUCAGACGCUCAGAAGAAGCUCGAGAAUAGCGACUUGGAACACCUGAACUUACUUGACCAGGUUUUGUUGACUCCAGGACUUAGCAGAGAAGACGUAUUAGUGUUCAUGAUGGAUUUCCUGAUCGCUGGGAUUGAUAAUGUAUCCACCACCACCGCCUUCACGAUGCUGAACCUGGCGCAGCACCCCGAGAAGCAGGCUCGGAUGCAGGAGGAGCUGGAUCAAGUGCUCGGCGACGGGCAGGAGGCAAUCACGACGGCGCACCUCAACAGACUGCCCUACACGAAAGGCUGCGUCAGAGAGACUCUCAGACUGAAUCCUGUGUCAAUUGCUCUCCCGCGGAAACUUGAGCAUGAUGUUGUCCUCGGUGGCUACUUGGUUCCAAAAGGGUUCGAGGUGUUCGUGCUCCUGAAGCCCGCAGGAACCAGCGCACAAGCCUUCCCGAGGGCGCUGGAGUUCCUGCCGGAGAGGUGGCUGCGCGGCGAAGGAGACAGGAUACACAGCUACGCCUCUCUGCCCUUCGGGAUCGGGACGAGGAUGUGCAUCGGGAAGAGGUUCGCCGAGAUGGAAAUCUACACGCUCUUGGCUAGGAUGUUUCACCGGUUCGACGUCAGCUGGAGCCACGGGGACGUCGGGACCAAGACACAGUUCAUUCUGAUGCCGGAUCGUCCGCUCAACUUUACCUUCACGGAGAGGACUUGAAUACGUGGACAUUGGCGAGAUUUUCCCCCCCCUUCACUUUCCUUUCUUUUUUCUUAUUUUUCAUGUUUGUUUAAUAUUUUAGUGGCCCCCUCUCCUUGUAUUUUUUAUCGAGGUUGUCAUCUCUUGCUUUUCUCUCUCUCUUGUUUAUUUCAUAUCUUUUUAAUGGUUAAUUUUUCUCGUGAUUUUAUUGAGAUUGUAAUUCCUUUUUUCUCUCUUGUUUAUUUUAGAUUUUUUAUUUGUCUACUGUCACCGUCUUACCCUUUUCUCUGUUCUUUAUUUUAAAUAUUGUUGAUUUAUAUACUCUAAAGGUGCUACUUAAUUUGAGAUAAAUUGAAACAUCAUAGGUUAUUCAAGCUGUGGAUGAAUUAAGAAAUCUGUUUAGAUGGUUUAAUUUCUCUGAUAAAAUGCAUAAAUAUAAAUACCUCGUGCAGAAAAAAAACACUUUGCGGGUAUGCUUUAAGACCUAUUUUCUAUUUCUUUCUCUCUCCUUUUUCUUCUUUCUUUCUCCUCUCUCUCUCUCUCUCUCUCUCUCCUCUCUCUCUCUCUCUCUCUCUCUCUCUCUCUCUCUCUCUCUCUCUCUCUCUCUCUUCUCUCUGUAUGUAUGUAUGUUCAGUAUAUACAAUCAUUUAUUACAUAAUAAUAAUUUAUGAUUACUUCUCAUGCAUUUGGACACAGCUACUAUUUUAUCACAAGCAUAUAUACAGAGCAAACGCGAUACGUUUUGUUUUGUCACUGCCUGUACCGUAAUGGACAUGUUGAGAUUAAAGAUUAAAAAUUAGAAUUCA